UUGGUCCCCUCCACCUUUGGCCUCCAUGGAGUUUGUUCUCUUCUGGUCCUCUUUCCAUUGAAGCCCUUGAAGACUCAUUCCGCUCUCGCCCUCCCUCUCCGCUGCUCUUCUUCUCGGUGAUUAGUUGUAGUUCUUAUGGGGUUUUUGCUGCGGGAUCCGAUCGGAGGAAGAGUUUUGGGGUUCAUGGAAGUCCUACGGGUUUGGAAAUCUUGAGGUGGUGGGAAUUUUUAGGUGUUUUAGUUUGAGGGGAUUGUGGUUGCAGAUUGAGUGGAGCAAGUCGGAUAUUUGGAUGAAUUCAAGAAAGUGAUUUCUUUGAUUCCUACUUUUUAGGUUCUCUUUUACUAAAAAGUCGUAUUUUUGUAGGGUUUAGGGAACGGAAGGUUUCUAGUUCGCCUUUGUUGUGCUCCAUGGAGGUUGGUUUUUUUGGGGAUUUGAGCUCUCUCGUGAAUUGGAGGAGUGGAAAAGUGUUUAGUCUACUUUGAAGGAUUUGAGAAAUUUUGGGUUCUGAUUACUUGAUUUUUCUUUUUUUACAUAAAUGAGAACAAAUGGAAUUGGAUUGAUUAGUUGAUCUUUUGCACGCUUUUUAAGUGUUUUAGACGUAGUUUGAUUCUAAAGAAGAGCAAGAUUUUCUUAAUUAUGGCUUAGCGUUCAAAAGAUUUGCAAUUGAUGCUUUUCAGAAAGGAAAGGAAAUCCGCUAUCUAGAGAAGGAGAGAGUAGAAUUAAGAGGAAAGAAAGAAAUAAAAGAAGGGACAAUUUACAUGAAAUGGUAACAUACGAACAUGCCUUUCAGUUCAUAUGAUAUCAAUGGAUUAUGCUUCUAUGAUUUGAUUAAAAGAGAUGUUAGCCUGGGAAAGAGAUAAGUUGAAUAUGCCUGCCUCGAGUCGUUUCCUGGUUGGAUUGGUGGUGAUUCAGGCGAAUGACCUGUUCUUGGCCUUAGUUGCAGAUGAAUAACCAUUUGUGACAUGAAGAGAAUUGUGUGAUAUACAUGGAUCCCCAAUCUUUCAUCAGACUUUCCAUUGGAUCUCUGGGCUUGAGAAUGCCUGUGACAUCUUCAAAGACAGUGCAAGGCACUGUUCAUGCAACUUCUGCUUCAUGCCUGUGUGAGUUCCGUCUUCGAGGUUUCCCAAUUCAGACCACUCAAGUUCCCUUGAUUUCUUCUCCCGAAAUCAAUCCAGACUCUCAAAGCAAUCUGACAAUCUUCUAUCUUGAAGAAUCUGAUGUAAAAGCAUUGAUGACACCAGGAUGUUUUCAGGGCCCUGAUGCAUAUCUUGAGAUUGUAGUUUACAUGGGAAGGAAAGGAUCUCAUUGUGGUGUCACCAGCAGAAAGCAUCAGAUUGGUAAUUUCAGAGUACUUGUGGGUCCUGAGUGGGGUGAAGGGAAGGCAGUGCUACUUCACAAUGGGUGGAUAAACCUUGGAAAACACAAGUUGGGCAAACCUGGACUGGAGCUGCAUUUGAAGGUGAAGCUAGAUCCAGACCCUCGAUAUGUUUUCCACUUUGAAGAUGAAACGGGCUUGAGUCCUCAAAUAGUUCAGCUUAAAGGUGCCAUCAAGCAACCUAUAUUCAGUUGCAAGUUCAUCCGGGACCGACGGGCAUCUCAAACCGAUCAGAUGGGCAAUUACUGGCAGAAUGAAAAUGAGGCAGACCAGGAAGCAGAAAGAAGAGAAAGGAAGGGUUGGAAGGUGAUGAUCCAUGACCUUUCAGGCUCUGCUGUUGCUGCAGCCUUCAUGGCAACUCCAUUUGUGCCUGCCACCGGCUUUGAUCGAGUUGCGAAGUCCAACCCAGGAGCCUGGCUCAUCGUCCGGCCAGACCCUGUUGGGCCGGCUGAGAGCUGGCUACCAUGGGGCCGACUUGAGGCAUGGCGAGAGAUUGGACACAGAGACUUUGUUUGUCUGCGGCUCCACCUACUUCCAGAAGGACAAGAGGCAGGCGUUCUAGUGUCAGACGUCAUGAUUAGUGCGGACAAGGGAGGGGAAUUCUUCAUUGAUAUGAAUAGGCAGACUCCGGUGGGUGCACCUGUCCCAAGCCCUCAGAAUAUUGGAGAUGACUUGGCUGCUGCCCUUAGUGGGCCCAUUGAUGGCGGCUUUGUGAUGAAUUGUAGGGUGCAAGGUGAAGGGAAGGGCAGCAAGCCAUUGGUGCAGCUUGCAGUAAAGCAUGUCACUUGUGUUGAGGAUGCUGCAAUCUUCAUGGCACUUGCAGCUGCAGUCGAUCUGAGCAUUCAGGCUUGCAAGCCCUUUCGGAGGAAGGCUAAGAAAUUAACUCGACAAUCUUCCUGAUAAAAGUGAGAUUUCUCACCAUCUUGCUGUCCUGAUAUUGUUCUGUGAACUUGAUCAAAUUUCAUGAAACUAUCAUCUCGCUCUAUUUGAUUCGGAGUGUCAUGAUCACUGUGACAUUGCAAGUCUCAGUAUGUCAUCUCUGUUUUUUUCCCUGAAGACCUCUGUGAAUAUAUCUUCAUUCAUGUUCCUGUUAUGCUUCCUUUGAUGAAAAUAAUCUUUAGAUGUCA